GUGUCCAGCAUUCGUGCGACGCGGACGAGAGAUGUGGUCUCCCGGACACCCGGGUGUUCAACGACCGGUGGUCCAGUGAUAGUGUAAUCAAACUCCUACAGAUCAGUGCAAGUGUAACGUGAUAAUGUUGUCGGUGGACUAACGUUUGUUAGAAUAAAUGAAGUUUAUUUCUUGUAGAAUAAAAUUUUAGGAUUGCAGUCGACAGCCACGACGGAGUACGUGACAGUGGGCCCCUGCGGCCCUGUGGCCGUGUACGCCGCCCCCGGAGAGCCACCACCGCCCCCGCAACCCGCGGCCCCCACGCCCACUGCCGCCUCCUGCCAGGGCCUCACCAUGAACCAGCUCGGCACCGUCUAUGCCACAAAACGGAGACGGCGCAACGGAAAAAGCCUGAAACCACCGCCGAAAGACGGUGUAACGAAGAGCAACCCUAGCAAACGGCACCGCGAGCGACUAAACGCCGAGUUGGACACCCUUGCCAAUCUCCUUCCCUUCGAACAGAACAUUCUCUCCAAACUCGACCGUCUCUCCAUUCUCCGUCUCUCAGUCAGUUACCUUCGCACCAAGAGCUACUUCCAAGUGACAAUGCACAAAGAGAAAGAGGAGGCGCAGUAUAGGAGUCGGAGUGAUAUGUCAGUCUACGAUCAUGCUAUGCUUGAUGGUGACAUGUUUCUUCAGGCUCUUAACGGCUUCCUCCUGAUUCUCACCUGUGAGGGAGAAGUCUUCUUCGCAACGCACAGUAUAGAAAGUUACCUUGGCUUCCAUCAGUCUGACAUAGUGCACCAGUCAGUGUACGAGCUGGUGCACAGUGAGGACAGAGAGGAGCUGCAGCGGCAGCUGAUGUGGAACUCGUUCCUGGCACCCGAGGCGUCCGGCCUCUCGCUGCAGGAGGCUCUGCAGCCCGAUCACCUGCAGCUGCUAGAACGCAGCUUCACUGUGCGCUUCCGAUGUCUCCUAGACAACACCUCUGGAUUCCUGAGGCUGGACAUAAGAGGACGAAUAAAAGUUCUCCAUGGACAGAACAGGAAAACGGAGGAACCCCCUCUGGCACUGUUCGCCCUCUGCACCCCCUUUGGGCCCCCCUCCCUUCUCGAGAUUCCCCACAAGGAAGUCAUGUUCAAAAGCAAGCACAAACUCGACCUAACACUUGUCUCCAUGGAUCAAAGGGCUACUAUUGAAUUUUUGAAGACUGGUGCUUCAGGUAUGAUAGCGUAUAGGUACCAGACAAAGGAGGGCCAAUGGCAGUGGCUCCAAACCAGCUCAAGACUUGUCUACAAAAACUCAAAACCCGACUUCGUUAUAAGCACGCACAGACCACUCAUGGAAGAAGAAGGCCGCGACCUGUUGGGCAAGCGAACAAUGGACUUCAAAGUGAGUUACCUGGACGCCGGCCUGACAAACAGCUACUUCAGCGAUUCCGACCAGUUGGUGGGCACACCCACGCCCCUCCACACCUCCACCACGGCCACCACCACCCACCUCAGUCCUGUGGGCAACACCACGCCGCAGAGGGUCAACCGUCGCUACAAGACGCAGUUGCGCGACUUCCUGUCCACGUGUCGAACCAAACGCAAGCUGACCGGCCACCAUCACAGCCCCGUCAUGGUCACGAAUCCCCCCACGCCUACUGUCGAUUACAUAGCUAGUGACACGUCAUCAGCCGCCGUCGCCGUGGCAGCCGCCUACAACAUGUACCCCACACCCUACCCGGGCACCCCCACCACCGACAACGGACUGUCGGGCUACAUGGGCCACUCGGGCAACUUCCACCAAUCCCUAUACGAGAACCGCUUCCUUCCCGCGACGGACAACCUUUUCCACCAGUACAGGUCCCUCGGCACCUACUACCCUGACUACCAUCACUCCCAACCCACACCCUAUGUCUCCAACGGAUUUCUCGACAUCUCCCCCCGCGGAGGCACCUGUUCCCUGCCUACCUACGACACAACCCCCACCACCCACCCCGUUCACCAGUUAACCACAAAAACACCGGACUGCGAUAAGUUGUACUCGUGUCACCAGCCGAUCGUCGAACAAAAGUAUGCGACUGUUGUGGACAAUCGGAAUUAUGUGAGUGGGGGCAAGUGUGUGGAUGUGACAGCCUACACCAGUUUGCAGCCGGUGGUGACCAGCACUGUGCCGUUGUGUGAUAUGCAACAACAACAGAACACACAUCAACAAGUCGUGCAUAAGGUGAAUAUGGGUGGGAAGAACAGUGUCAAAACAAUGGAUGGUUUGUCUUCUGCGUCGUCCUCACCGGCUGCCAACGGGAUGAUCACACCCAAAAUGGAGGACCUGAAGACAGAUGUGAACAUCCUCCAGCAGCACUACUCGCCGACAACGAGUGAAGCUCCCAGACAAACGGUGCUGAUGUGGGGCAGUGGAGGCUCCCUCAACCACACACCGACACCCAACAACGGAAGUUGUCGGUCGCCGGGGGGAUCGAACCCGGGAACCCCAGUCAUGGCCAACGGUGCACCCUCCUACAUCCCCGCUCAGGACCCCUCCAAGAAGUACUCGUCACCGGGAGACCCCCUCAAGUCACUCGCCGAGAUGAACUCGCUGCCCGAGUCCAAGUGGAAGCCGGACACCCCUCCAUCACCCAAGUCCUACUACCACCCCCACCACCACCACAGCCAGGGAGGCGGCUACAGCGGGGGCGGGGGUGGCCUUUUGCCGACACCAGCCACCGAGGGGGCGGUGAGCGAGGUAUACCACCAGUUCUAUCCUUAUCACCACCAUCACCACACAGCCUCCGCCGAUCCCGGCUAUGCUCAGAUAAACAGGACGGGAGUCCUCUGCUGUCCAUCUCUGAGGUGACCAACACACUACUCAACCAAUAACUAGGUGUUCAAAGUGAACUGUGACAGUUGUUGGUCGGAGGUCGGAGCAACUCAACAAUGAACAAUGAUUAAAUUAUUGCUAGUUUUUCUCCAGGAAUUCGUUUAAGACUGUAUGAUUGAUAAAUGUAGAUACAUAAUUUUAUAUCUUGAAUCACUAAUAAGAAAAUUUCGACCGUGAAUAACUCUUAAUAUUUUUCAUAAUUUCUCUCUACAAUAAUAUUAUUAUUUAUGUGUGUUUCUGUGAUAUGUGUUAAAUUAUUGAUUUUUUGUUACUUGUAAAUUUUUCAACUUCAAUAUUUGUACCAUAAUGGUGUAAAAUAUAAAUUAUAAAUAUAACGUUUAUUUAAAUUAUGUAUUCGCGAUGUAUAUUUGUGUAGUUCUUAUCUACGAAUAUUAUUGUAUACUAUAAUUAAUUACUGUAUUCAACUUGAUAUUAAAUAUCUUCCUAAUAGAAUUGAAUCAAAACUUGGAUUUACGUGUCUAUAUAUUUUGUGCAAUUAUUUAUAAGACCAUUUGGUCUUUAAAAUGGAAUAGAAGUGUAUUUCGAUUCAGAGCUCGUUUGUUAAUAUGUCAGCCAUUUAUAAGAUAAACUUGAAUGCUCGAGAUCUGGAUUAAAUAUGAAAAAUCAAAACUUA